AACGUGGUACGUUACUGCUGUAAGUUUCAAAGUUCACGUAUGAACUUUUUUGCUCAGCACACAAGGUUUAUGAAUGAAGCCUGAAUAAAAACAGACUUUCAGGAAAUACAAGGUUCGCUGAUAAAAAACAAAGGCAAUGGCAGACAGCAAUGAGAUGACAAUCAACCUUGUUGUCCUUGGAAGAACUCAGACUGGCAAAAGCGCUGCUGGGAACAGCCUGCUAGGCAGCUUGGACUUCGAAAGCCAUCUGUCCCCAAGCUCAGUGACAACGUGUUGCAGCCUUGGGCGCAGCUGGCGUAUUCUGGGGAUUACACGAAGAAAUGGCUGUGAACUAGCUCUCCGCAUUCGGGUACUUGACACUCCAAGCUACCCUCACAGCAGCCUGAGCAAAGAGCAGGUGAAAGACACAGUGAGAUCUGCUCUGGCUCAGCACUUCAGGGAGGAAGGUCUGCAUCUUGCUCUUUUAGUCUUGAGAGCUGACUUGCCUCUGUGUCCAGAUGAAAAUGAUCAAACAAUUCAGUUCAUCCAGGAACUUCUAGGUCCCACAUGGAAGGAUUUCACUGCAGUUUUACUUACUCAUGCAGACAAGGCAGAAGAAGCUGGACUCAGUGAGGAAGCAUACUUGCACAAAGCUUCAAGUACCCUGUUGUCACUACUGAGCUCAGUACAGAACAAAUAUAUUUUCCUAGACAACCAGAAGUGCAUAAUUAAAGAGAAAAGAGCUCCUGUCUUAAGAAAGCUCUUGGAUUUUAUAAGACAAAAUAAUUAUCGAGUACUACUUAAGCAUGAUAAGGAAUAAAAUUAACUUUCAGGUGCUCA